AUGAACCAGGGCUUGGGCGUCACAAGGAGGAGGAAGGGAAAACAACAGGUGACCCCCAUAGCCAAAGAGGAGGAGGCAGCCAGACUUAACGAGGGACGGUGCGGGGCUUUGUCGGCUGGUCUGGAGCCUGCUGCCCUGCACUGGAGGACGCUCACUGCAACUUGGACACAUCUGGACCGCAGGCCGCCUCACCUUUGCCCUGCGAGAGAAAUGGAGUCUGAGACGGAAGGCGUGAGAAGUCCUCCCCCUCCACAUAAUGACAUCCACUGUCCCGUCGCUGGCCCCUGGACACUCAGCCCCGUGGCCCCCAGGUCAGACCCACACAUUAUACCUCUGACUUGA